GUGAAGGGCGGAGCUUUCAUGUGCUGCUGCUACAGGGACACUAAGAUGGAAAUCCAGGGGCUUACUGACACCAAAAACACCCAGUCCCAACAUGGCGUCCCGCUCCACACGACAUUCUCUCAGCAGACAACAGCUUCUGCGAUUCAUGCGAGAACACGUCUGACUGAAAAUGUGAUCUCAGGACUUUCGGGAUCGCUGGACUUAGAAAGUGACGCCAACAACAACCGGGCCAGAUCCUCACCGCUUCGAGUUGCAGAAAAUGGCAGCGCUCUGUCUCUUCAAAACAACCACGGUAAGAAAUAUGAUGUUCAGUUCGCAGAUGCAGAACUCGGUGACGUGAAUGCGUCCAAACAAAGGGUGUUUAAUGAGUUAGACUUGCUGCCUUCCGAGUUUGACAGGGCAGUUGAACACGAUGACAACGAUCUGCAAAUGGCGCUUCCCCUUCUGGACACCGAGAGCUGUGAACAAAGACUCACGACAGAGAGGAUUCUCAGCAACACCUCUACCUCCUCAAACAAGAGCCCCGAGGAACUAUAUGUGGUUUUUAACAUAGUGCACAAAGAAGAUGACAGUAAGGAACGACAAAUGAGCUUUCAACACAAAGCUGAAGUGAAUGGAUCAUCAUCACCCAAGACUCUCAGUUCCCCAGUAUAUUCAGAUGAAAACUUCAACAGAACAUCCAAAUCGGGACAUUUGUCAAGCCACAGUAAUUUAAAUUCCAGAUCUGAGACAACAGACCAAAUUGUUAGACAUGAGAUCUGUCUUUUGGCUGAGAAUAGAGAUCCAAUAUUGUCAGAAGGCUAUGCUAGGGGCAGUCAAACGCCAAAGGUCUCUACUGUAGAAAUGCUCAGCAAUAAUUUAGUUGAACAUUCAACAGAAGAACUGAUGCAGUGUGUCACAAAAUAUAAUAGUCCUGCGUUUGUUCCAGAGAGCAGGGUUGCAUCUGAAAUUAAUAUCAUGGAUUAUGCAAAUCAAGAGUCCAGCAGUAAUGGGGACUGUGGUCCUGAUGGGACUCCAAUACCUGUGCAUGAAACGUUCUCUGGGACCAUCAUGAUUAACAAUCAGAGUAUUAUUGUAACUAUUGAAAAUGGAAUCUUGACCCUAGCCACCCCACCAGAGGGCUGCGCUUACAAGGAGGAUGGUAUGAUAAGCUUAAAAGAACAUUUGGGAAUGAAAGACAAUGAAGAUCUUGUGCUGCUCAAUUAUGAUGGGGGAAGUAAGUCCAUUGGGAAAAUUAGCAAUGUUAACUCAAGUCUACAAGAUGAGCCUAAAGCCAGAUUCGCCGGCAGUGAUUCAGAGUUGAAUCUAGCUGACUGUUCUCUGUUAGAAAUGGGUGUUACUCUGGACUCUUGCUCAUCAAUUAAGCAAGAAGGAACCGUUUGUGCUAUAGAAGAUGAUAGUAGUAUUUGCCAAAAUUCAAAAAGCAAACCAAGUACUUGUGAACAACUACAACCAAUAAACUUAUUAACUGUGUCAGGUUUGACCAAAAAAGGUUCUGUAGUAAAGUAUAGAUGUUCCCAGCCGGGCUGUUCCAGCACCUUUGAUACCAGGCAAAAUCUCAAAAUCCACUUGGUUCUUCACACAGAGGACCAGCGUCCCUUCAAGUGCACAGUGGAGGGUUGUGAUUGGUCCUUCACAACAUCAUACAAGCUGAAACGCCACCUGCAGUCUCAUGACAAAGUGCGUCCUUAUAAAUGUGAAUGGGAAAACUGUGGUCGUCGCUUCACCACAGUUUACAAUCUAAAAGCUCAUGUUAAAGCACAUGAUCAGGAAAAUGCAUUUAUCUGUGAAGUAUGCAGUGAGAGGUUUCGCACUGCCACGAGACUCACUAAUCAUCAGAGAACACACUUCGAACCAGAGAGACCACAUAAGUGUGAGUUCCCAGGAUGUGAGAAGACCUUCAUCACUUUCAGUGCCCUGUUCUCCCACAACAGGACCCACUUCAGAGAAAUGGCUCAAUUCACUUGUACCUAUCCUGGCUGUGACAAGCGAUAUGACAAAGCUUGUCGGCUCAAAAUACACCUCCGCAGUCACACAGGUGAAAGACCAUUUGUUUGUGAUUCUGACUCGUGUGGUUGGACUUUCACAAGCAUGUCCAAACUGCUCAGGCACAAACGGAAGCAUGAUGAUGACAGACGGUUUGCAUGUCCAGAGGAAGGCUGCGGGAAAUCCUUUACACGGGCCGAGCACCUGAAGGGGCACAGUAUCACACACCUGGGUACCAAGCCAUUUGAAUGCCCUGUAGAAGGUUGUAAUGCAAAGUUUUCAGCUCGGAGUAGUCUCUACAUUCAUUCUAAGAAGCACAAGCAGGAUGGAGUCAGUCUGAGGAGUCGCUGUCCUGUUGCCGGUUGCACCAAGCACUUCUCAUCACGCAGCAGUCUCAAGACACACAUGCUUAAACACCACAACCUCAGCCCAGGUCAGUUGGACGACACAACCACUCUCACCCCCAGCAGUGAGCUGACAAGCACUUCACAGGCUGUCAGUGCCCCAUCAGGACCUGCAGGAGCUGAACUCAGCAGUCUGGAUUUGUCUUCUCUCUUCUCCAGCAUCCCUGCAUGUCCUGGGACCACCGCUGUAGGCAGUGAAGGCAGUACUGGGGCAGGAUCCUUCUCCAUGGACAUGCCUCUGGUUAACACCAGAAUCCUCACAAUAGAUCCAGCAUCAGUCGGCUCGGCCCUUAAUGGGGCAAAAACUGUGGAUCCUCUCAUUUUAGCGGCUGGGCAAGAUAUGGGCGUACAUGUAUUAGACACGGGAUUGGGCGCUGGAGGAGGUGGAGGGGUUUUGCCCCAUGCCAGAUUGCAUUUGGAUGAUGUGCAAACAGUCAACCCAGAAGAGCUGGGAACUCUGACUGCUCUAGCUAUUCAAAGCACUGCAUCUUCAGAACAACUCCACACUCUGAAUUCCUGCAAUCCCUUGACUGUAGAAUCACCAUCUACUCUCACGCCAACUCUUUCUUCAUCGCUCUCUCAGUCUCUUUCCUCACUGACAUCAGCUCUUCAGCCAGCACUCAGUUCCUCUCUUGUUCCUUCUCUCUCCGCCCCGCUCUCCUCCAUGGCUCUGACGGCAACCCCUGUACCGGAAUUACUCUCUCCGCAGGCAAAGGCUGACCUGCCAGGCAGUGAGACAGCCGUCGGGCCCUUGUUAAGCAGGGUGGAGGUCAUGGCUCAGUCAGAUGGCAGUAAGGGGAUGUGUCAGUUUGUGUUCCCCAGCCACAGUGGAUCCUACAGUGGACAGAGGGGACAUCAGGGAAUGGAUGACCCUGCUUCUGAUGGAGACCUGGCUUUCCAGUUGAGUUCACAGACCUCGUGUUCACACUCUCAGCUCACUGUGGAUCUGCCUGUCAACAUCCUACAGGAACCUACAGUCAUGGCUGAAGAUGAAAAUGGAUCUGAUAACUCCCAAUUCACUGGCAGCACCAUCAAUUUACAAGACUUGGAGUGAUGGUGAAAACAGAAAGUGCUUCUAAAAGACCUUCUAUGUCAGGCUGUCUCCCCUUAGUCUUUCUCAUUCUCUUUCUCAGAUGAUCUUGUACCUUUUCUCAGUGCCUCCACUGGUUUUUAUCAUUAUCUAAUUUAAAGAAAUCAUUGCAUUCAUGUUUAAUACAUGAAGUCAGAAUAGUACUGUGUUCCAUACAGAUAGCUAAUUUGACCAAAAACAACGCACAUUUAGUUUUGUUUAAUUUUGAUCAUGUGACUUGCUUGAUUUUUCAAAAGUUCAUAUUUCAGUAUAAUGAUUUGAGUACAUAAACGAUAAAUGGCAGUGAACAUCAUCACUGAUCUGCCUCUUAACCAGAAUAAAUACUAUUGAUCUAUGAAAACUUAACUGUUUGACAUGAUUGUCAUGAACUGUUUAUAUAUAGUCUGAUUUGACCUUAACUUAUUUGCCUGAUUCACCACUAUAAAACAAAGUUGUUUUGAUGCCUAUUUUUGUAUGGCUUUGUAAAGUGCAGAUAUAGUUAUGCUUCAUGUUUGUGGGGG